UGACACUCAAGGCAAAGAAAAAUGACUACGCCUAGUUCUCGUCGUUCUUUAUAUUCUUUGCUCUUUAUUUCUUCCAUUCUAUUUACUUCAUUUUCCCUUAUCUCUCAGGCACAAGCCAAGCCCCUAUUAGUGAAUGGACUAUCAUAUUCUUUCUAUUCCAAAACCUGUCCCAAUCUUGAAACCAUUGUGAGAAACCAUCUCAAGAAGGUGUUCACGCGAGCUAAUUGGCAAGCUCCAGCCUUACUCGUCAUUUUCUUCCAUGAUUGUUUUGUUCAGGGAUGUGAUGGGUCGUUGCUGCUGGAUGGGAAUCCAGGUGAAAGGGAUAAUCCACUGAACCGUGGAAUAAGCCAUAAAGCAGUGCAAACCAUUGAUGAUAUAAGGGAAGUUGUCCAAAAGGAGUGUGGAAGGGUCGUUUCUUGCGCAGAUAUCACUGUCUUGGCUGCUCGUGAUGCUGUUUUCCUAGUAAUUAAUCUCUCAUCAUCACUAUUACUUUUCUCUCUCUCUUUCUAUAUAUAUAUAUAUUCCUGUUUCCUAUAAUAAUCCUGCUCUUCU